ACCACCAAUGCUUCAGUUGGUUUAAUUUUUUUUUUUUAUUACGGAAAAACUAUUCAUGACACAACAGUGUUGCCUAACGACGUGAAUCAAUAACUAGGUAUAAUAUAUGGGAGGAAAUAUCCUCGCCAAGCAGUUCCGUUAUUAUGGCAGCGUCCGUAUCUCCGCUCUUUAUGUCAUCCAGGUAAGAGCGCUUUGUGAAGAGGACAGAGAGCUUAUUCUGCGGACUAUGGAGCGCUGCCGCACAGACUGCAUCGAAAAGCCUCUAUCUAGGCUUUUUAUGAAGGUUGGACGCUUUGUCAGCUCAUACCCGAUAUGGUUUUUCAUAAUCCCUAUGCUGAUUUCUGCAGGACUGGGAGCAGGGUUUUAUUUCCUUAAAGAGGCGAAUGACAUCGAGGACCAGUUUACACCUGUAAAUGGGCCAGCAAAGCAAGAAAGAAGUUUUAUCAAGGACAACUUUCCUUACAACAUGUCCAUGUUUUCUAGUCAGAGACUCUACACCGAGGGGACAUUUGCAUCGCUGAUUAUCACUCUUACUAAUAAAGAAAAUAUAUUAACGAAAGAGGCGUUUGAAGAAAUAAUCGCCCUGAACAAGCAGAUACAAGAGAUCUCUGUGAAUGAUGGGGGAAAAACGAGUACUUUUCUCAAUUUAUGUGCCAGGGCUUACGGACAAUGUGACCCUAAUGCAAUAUUUAAAAUCAUAAACAACAACGCCAGUAAUAUCGUUAACACCAAAAUUAAGUUUCCCCAGCAUAAUGCCAACGGUCAGAUUUUUUUUCUGGGCACCACUGUCGGUGGGGUAAACGUGGAUGCCAGUGGAUUUCUCCAAAGUGCUCAAGCCAUUAGACUGUACUACUACCUAGAGGAAGACACAGAGACCCAAGCGAAAGCUACUUUAUGGUUGGAGGCCUUCCUUAGCUUCUCUGCCAAUCUGAGCGUGCAAAAUACUACGAUUUCACACUUUACAUCACUAUCGAGGCAGCAAGAGAUGGACAGAAACACCGAUGACGUGAUCCCAUUGUUUUCAAUUACAUAUUUUCUCGCCAUAACUUUUUCAAUUACAUCGUGCAUGAGGCUGGAUAACGUAAGGAACAAGGUGUGGGUGGCUUCUUUCGGUGUCAUUUCUGCCGGCAUGGCAGUUCUGUCCAGUUUCGGCAUGCUGCUGUAUAUCGGUGUUCCCUUUUCCAUGACGGUCUCAAACGCUCCCUUCCUGAUCCUCGGGAUUGGGGUCGAUGACAUGUUCAUCAUGAUUGCUAGCUGGCAGCAAACGAAUGUCCAAGAUGAUGUCAGAGAUCGGAUGGCUCACACGUACAAGGAGGCGGCCAUUUCCAUCACUAUAACCACCCUGACCGAUGUCCUGGCCUUCUACAUUGGCACCAUGACUGGGUUCCGCUCUGUCCAGUCGUUCUGCCUCUACACCGGCACAGCUAUCCUCUUCUGCUAUUUCUACAACAUCACAUUCUUCAGUGCCUUCAUGACGCUGAACGGAAAACGGGAGAAGAGCAACAGGCACUGGCUGACCUGCAGGAAGGUUCCGAAAGAACAUUCGGCAGAAUUCUCCAAAGGGUACAACAUCUGUUGCACAGGAGGGGCUUAUGACAAGAAUACUGGAGCAGAGGAGAUUCAGCCAAUUAAUUUUUUCUUUAAGAAAUAUUAUGGGCCGUUUCUAACGAAUUCCUUCACGAAAGUGUUUGUUGUUUUAUUGUACGCAGGGUUUUUAGGGGUAAGUAUUUAUGGCUGCUUCCAAAUUAAGGAAGGCAUAGACUUGAGUAAUUUGGCCCCAGAUGGCUCCUAUGUUGCUGAUUAUUAUCAUGAUGAAAAAACGUACUUCACAAAAUACGGGCCGAAUGUUAUGGUGGCAGUGAAAGAAAAAUUUCCAUACUGGAAUAAUACCGAAAGAGCCCGUCUUAAGAAGACUUUAGAAAAGUUUGACAACUUGACAUUUAUUGAUAGCAGUUUAUUUUUAUCUUGGCUGGAUUAUUUUGUAACUUAUGCUGGCCUUAUUGGCGUAGAUAUAAGUAAUGAAUCCGAUUUUAACGCAAACUUACCACUGAUUCUGCAGUCAACCUACUUCCAGCAAGAUGUUAACUUGACAAAUGGUGCGUCCCGGUUUUUCAUACAGACUGUAAAUAUAACAGAUGCCAUUGCUGAGAAGAAUAUGUUAAAUGCACUCAGAGCAACUGCUGAGGAGGAAUCAACCAACAAUGUCGCUCUGCUUGUGUAUCAUCCGGCGUUCAUUUAUUAUGACCAGUACGCUGUUGUGGUGGAAAACACUGUCCAGAACAUCAUAAUUGCCACGGUGGCCAUGUUGGUGAUUUCGCUGUUGCUUAUUCCAAGCCCCAUCUGCUCCCUAUGGGUGACUUUUGCCAUCGCAUCUAUCAUUGUGGGUGUGGCCGGCUUCAUGGCACUGUGGGAUGUCAAUCUGGACUCUAUUUCAAUGAUCAAUUUGAUCAUCUGUAUCGGCUUCUCAGUGGACUUCUCUGCCCACAUCUCAUAUGCCUUUGUGUCCAGCAGUAAAUCUAGUGCCAAUGAGAAGGCUGUUGAAGCUCUUUUUGCUCUGGGCUACCCUAUUGUCCAGGGGGCCAUUUCUACCAUACUGGGGGUGGUGGUCCUGUCUGCAUCGAGUAGCUACAUUUUUAGGACCUUCUUCAAGAUCAUGUUCUUGGUGAUCACCUUUGGAAUGGUUCAUGGUAUUAUGUUCAUUCCAGUUUUUAUGACCUUCUUUGGCUGUUGCAAUAAGCCAGGUAAAGUCAACAACGACGGAGGUCAGCAGGUAGAUCCUACAAAUGAACAGAGGAACAGAACCAUAGCUAUUUAUGAUAAUAUGGGGUAUAAAGAUAAUGGGUUUGGUGAAAUUACAUUUCCUCCAGUCAGCAAAAUAGGAAACUUGAGUGCUAAUGCGCACUAUGCUGAUGAUCUGCACAAGAGACCAAUGCAAGAGACCUUCCACCCUGACCCUGACUGCUACUGACGUCACAUUAUCAUCAGCUCAGGUCUAGGGACAGGCCAGUUUAUGAAGCCUAGCUGAUCGGACUAAUUAUUUUAUUAAAGUUUUCUUCGGUAUGACCUGCGUGAAUCCUGGAGAGAUGUUAGAACAGGAGGUGUUCCAGAAGAUGCCUCUACAGCUGUGAGAUGUUAAAUCUUUAUUUCGCUAUAGUAUACAUUAUGGAUUUAUUUUUAUUUAGUUUUUGGUUUGCUUUACUUUAUAGGGUGGUGAAUUCAUUUCUGUAUUUGUUUGUUUUUUCUUCUUGUUUUGGUCUUUCUUUGUCUACACUGUUCUUUAAACCCUGUUGCUCUUCUGAAACAUUUACUAUACUCUAAUAUGAAGGAUCUGCAGAUAUGAGUAGUUUGCAGUAGGUGCUUAUAUGGUUGAAUUGUUCCAAGAGUUUAAAAUGCAAGGAUUACUUUUCUGAUGAGAUAUUUAGGUAGGUAUUCUAGGUAUUCUAAUUACUCUUUUAAAGUAUACAUAGUAAAAUAGCUUCAACAUGCUGUUUAUCUCUGCUUAA